UUUCGAUCCUAUUCUAUGAGCUUAUCUUCCCUUACGUGUCUAAUAGGUAUUGGGGGCUGCAAAAGUUGCUUUUUACGCACCAACGGCAUAAUAAGAGCUCUCUUAUUUUUAUCACCGGAGAUCGUAUAAUUAGAGCUGUUAAGUGAGCGAGAAAACCUGCUAUGCGGUCUAUCUGCAAAAACUAAGCAUUGCAACAACCAAUAGAAGAUGUACAAUUAAUAAAAUAUGACCUCCGACAUUGGAAUAAAAAUACUUAAUAUACCCAUUGUUUAUCUAAUUAAUCCCUAACAAACUAAAGAUACGCCUCUGCCCAAGCCCAACGCACAAGCCUUUGCCGCCCCUGCUCAAAGCCUCGCCCAAUCGUUGCCGCCCCUACCCAACGCUCAGUCGAAUUCGGCAGAUUUUUUUUUGUUGGUUUGUUCCUUCUAACAAGUGCCGCUUCCAUCUCCUCUCCGAUUCCGACGCCACCGCCACGCUUGCCGCCGGCGCCAUCAGCUCCAAGAACGGCGGCAAAUUCACGCAGCUGCGAUUUCGGGUCCGGAUCAUUUUCUUUGUCCUCCAAACCAUCCUCCCGAUCAGGGUUAAGAUCCGGGUCGGAGCUCGAGUAAACUAGGUGCUUGAUGAGGUGGCAUUUUUUAUACCAUAGAUCUUUUUAAAGCGAUCGUAGCCGUGAACCGGCUGCUCUCCAUUCCAAAAGAAAUGGAGAGCCGAUUCCAUUCCUCCUCUAGUUUUUUUUGGUUAAAUCCCAACCGUUGAUUGUUUUUGUUUUUAUUCUAUUUAAACCCAACCGUUGAUUUUCUUAACAGCACGGUACAGCUUACACCUAAGCCGGAUCCCUGUCACAUCACACGCUUCGAGCUCGAAAACCCAAGCUUCUUUUAAGUUUUAAGCCCUGUACGAAGUGCAAUCUCGCUGUUCUUCUGUCUACGAUUCGAAGCUCUACGUGUCCGUUUUGCUCUGAAACCCGAACGUGGUUGCUGAGAAACGGUAAAGAGAAGGAAGGUGCUCUUAAAAGCAUCUCAACUCGAUCCGGUGCCUGAUUUUGUUGCUGAAAUUGAUCGAAAACACAAAGAAAAAGUGGAUACUAUUUACACUGCACUUCUGGAUUGGAGUUUUGAAAAUCGGGUUUGAAGGAGCUUUGAACGACAAAAUGAUGGGGUUCUACAGAAGAAUAAACCGCUUCAAGCUUAAGCACUACUCACAUCAGAUUGAAAGAUACUACCUUGGCAUCCCAAAUGGUGCUUCUCUCAAUUCAAAUGCUUCAAAGACUAGCCCAUGUGUUGUGGACAAGCCAUAUUGGGUAAUUCACAGCGGAUCCACCUGUUUUUGCAACAGUGUCAGGUUUUUUGCUGCACCAGUUCAGGCUAAGCUGAAGACGGAAAAGGGCACCAACGCGCCACGUAUGAAUGGACAAAUCAAAGCCUCAAUUGUGAGGCUUGUGACAGAGAAAGGGCAUGAGAAAGUCUCAAUGUAUGAAGCGCUAGAACGUGCCAAGAAACUCAAGCUCGAUUUAGUGGAGGUUCAAAGAAAUGCUGAUCCACCUGUCUGUAAACUCAUGGACUUCCAUAGAGAAAAGUACAAACAACAGUUAAAGGAAAAAGACCGUGCUAAAAGCAAGUCUGAGGUGAGUUUGCGAAAAGGAGAUUGCAAAGAAGUUCGUUUUUCAGGGAAAACUGAAUUAAAGGACUUAAAGAUGAAAGCAGAUCAAGUCAUAAGAUUGAUGGAGCGUGGUUACCGGGUGAAGUGUAGGGCCAUGGGUAAAGAAGGUCAGGACUUGGGAGGAUUGCUAAAUCGUCUCUCUGCUCUGAUUGAAGAAGUAGCUGUUGUGGAAAGUGGACCAGCGGUGAGAGAAACAGAGGCACAUGUGAUAGUCAGGCAUGUCAAAUUUGGCACAUCUAAGAAAGGUGGCGGAAAAAAACUGAAGGUCACUGCACCAGCAGCUGUUGAUUCUGUUGGUCCCCUUGAACAACUGAGUUUUGUUGAAUCUGGCUUGGAAGCUGAGGAAGAGAUCCUUAGUGAUGAAGAUGACCUGCCUAUAUCCUCUUCCAUGGAAAUUACAGAUAAAACUCUUGAAAAGAAGAAGAAUGCCUGGUCAGUUGUUGAUUCUAGUGAUGAUUUUGAGAAAGUAUUCCAUUUUGAUGAUGAUGUGAAUGGCGUAGCUUCCCGGUCUACUGAUAAACAAUUGAAAACUGCACAAGAAAUAGCCUCUCCUUCCUCAAAUGUUAAUGUUUUAGACUUUUCGCACCCCUCACCACUACCCAAUUUUACAAGAGCAAAUCAAGCUCCAUCCUUCCCACAAGGGCCUUCCUUUGGGACUGAAAAUAGGCACAAAAGAACUGAGCCAAAGAAUCAAUUCUCAUCAAGGUUAGAACCCCAGUUUCCAAAUCAAAGAAGGCAGCCUCCGGUGGAUAUGAAUUUCUCGCCUUCAGUGGCUGAAGGCAGGCAAGUUGGGACUGAUGCUUCUUCAAGUAGAAACUUAAGGGUUCCUCCUAAUCAAUUCUCAUCAAGGUUAGAACCCCAGUUUCCAAAUCAAAGAAGGCAGCCUCCAGUGGAUAUGAAUUUCUCACCUUCAGUGGCUGAAGGCGGGCAAGUUGGGACUGAUGCUUCUGCAAGCAGAAACAUAAGGGUUCCUCCUAAUAACAUGCCCAAGCGAGAACCAAGCCCCCCUGGUGCUCCCAGUACCCCAUCACCUGGUUAUGGCAUUUUUAGCUCCCCAAAUGCUUCUGGGAGAGGUGUAGCAGCAGAAGUUCAUAGGCAGAGUGAAGGAAACCCUCAUGACUCCCCAAGGAAUCUUGGCGCAACAGGGGACAGCCAAAGGUCAGGCCUUGACAAGGGUGGGCCAAAGGCAUGGGGAAUAUUUAGUCGAGAUAGCUCCAAUGUGGUGCCAAAUAGGAUAUCUAAGCCAAACUAAAGAGCAGAUAUAAUGCAUGCAUUAUACUGAUUAUUUCAGUGAAUAUUUUUGACUUUAUGGGGCCAAGAGUUCUGUUGAGGAUAGCCUUCGGUUGUUAUGUGUGUGGUUGCCGAGGAAUGGUGGGAAAGGAGAGAAAUUGCAUUUUUAUUGUAUGUUUUGAUUGGUUGGAACUGAAAUAUGUAACUUAGAUGAUUAUUUCAAUGAGAAUUAUCUGUUUCGAGCUUUCGGUUU